AUGGAAGAAAAUAACAAAAACCUUGUAGACGAAGAAGCUAAAGCUUCUGUAGAGAUAUGGAGAUAUCUCUUUGGGUUUGCAGAUAUCGCAGCUGCGAAGUGUGCAAUUGAUCUUAAAGUACCAGAAGCCCUUGAAAACAAUCCUUCGUCACAGCCGAUGACCCUAACUGAACUCUCUUCCGCCACCUCCGCCUCUCCUUCACAUCUCCACCGUAUAAUGAGGUUUCUUGUGCACCAGGGAGUCUUCAAAGAAGUGCCCACAAAAGAUGGUCUUGCCACAGGCUACACUAACACGCCACUCUCUCGCCGUAUGAUGAUCACUAAAAGUGACGGCAAGUCGCUGGCUCCUUUGCUUCUCCUCGAAACAAGUCCAGAGAUGCUCGCUCCAUGGUUGAAACUGAGCUUAGUUGUGUCUUCGCCGGUCAACGCUUCGGUUCCGCCUUUCGAUGCAGUGCACGGUAAGGAGUUGUGGUCGUUCGCAAAGGACAAUCCUCGCCACAACGAACUAUUCAAUGAGGCCAUGGCUUGUGAUGCAAGGCGUUGA